ACAAUUGAUUGCAACAAAAAAAUCAAAUCAAAUUCUUAAAGUCUAUUAGUAGAAGAUAUUAGUGAAGUGAAGAUCACUGAAGAAGACAAUGACCACAACAACAGCAACAAUGAUGACACCGAAGGACUCGUUUGAUCGCUUCGGCGAUGAUUUGUGUCAACUAUUGCUUCAAUAUUUGCCGAUUGAAGUCAAACUAAGACUGGAAUCGGUGUCCAAACAGUGGAAGUCAUUGAUAUUCACAACUGAAACACAUCUGGUAUUUGAUGACAGACUAUUGGAAACAUUGUCUUUGAUAUCGUUGACUGAAAACAAGAAAACUACUAAUUAUUUCAAAACAAUUGUCAAAAAGUGUCCAAACAUUACAACAGUUACUAUAAGUUAUAUCUAUUUACCGGACAAUUACUUAGAGUUAAUGAUUAGAUACUGUAACCGAUUGACACACUUAUCACUUGAUAAUGUAUAUAAUAAUAAUUGGCUAAAUAGUGGUGACCUAUUUGAACGAUUUUGUUGCCGAUUUGGCCAACAGUUGCUGACAUUCAAGUAUGAAAAAUAUCACAUAAAUGACAUACCUAUCAAUAGACAAUUGUUUUUCAGACACAUCCAGAAUUUAGCAAACUUGAAGACACUUAACAUUAAGAGUAUUAUCGGAAGUGAUAUCCUAUUUGCCGACAUAUUCAGUGGUCAUCCCACAAGUUAUUAUACAUUUCCUAAAACAUUGCAAUCGCUGUCACUUAAACUCUAUCCCAAUUCAAUGCCAGUGUUUGUCAAGUUUGCUAAAACUAGUUGCCAACUGAUGACAUCCAUGGAUAUAGAUAUUGAUUAUAAUAAUAAUAAUGAAGAUAUUAAUUGGUCAUUGAUUAGUACAGGUUUGUCACAAAUGCCGCAAUUAAGACAACUGGCGAUUGAUUUCGGAACAAAUCAUAUUAAAAGCCAUAUUAUUGAUGAACUGUUGAUCACAAUUCGCCACAACUGUCCGCAACUGAAAUCAUUAUCACUAAAAGUGUUCAAAAUUCCAGUUAAACCCAUAAUUGUCUCAAUCAACAAACAUUUGUCUAAACAAUUGAGACGAUUAUCACUGGAUAUUACUGAUUCACUGACCACUGAUUCAAUACUGACCAGCGAUUUGUUAAAGCGAUUGAACAGAUUAACACAUUUGACUUUACACUUAUAUGAGCGGCACUUAAUCGGUGACCAGUUUUUUCUGGACAUUCAUCGCAAUCUUCCGCGACUACAAUAUAUAAACUGUGACAAAAUGUCCAUCACUGAGAAGUCGAUCCAAGCUAUGGGACAGUUGGCACACCUGAUGACUGUAUAUCUUACGGACAGUAAAAACAGACUGAUAACUAGUAAAUCAUUUAUUUCCAAUCAUUUAGUGAUCGAUACUAAUGUUAAUAAUUUGUUUAUUAAAUACUUGGAUUCAAUGGGAAAACAAUUAUUUAUUCGCGGCAUUAACUGUCUGUAAGCGCAAAUAGCCUCAGGGGUUAUAAAUAUAUGUGAAACUAUGGGUCAUAUAUAUGCCACAUAUAUACAUGUAUACUGUAUAAAUUUUAUAAUAUAAAAUAUAAUAUA